GUUAUACAGGGAGAAUGAUGGAAGGGUUUUUGAAUGGCUAUGUGUUUGUUGGCCCAUGUGAAAUGUGCAUAAGGGAAUGCUGAUGAAGGCAGUCAAUUAUAUAGAAAUGCUCUUCAGGUCCUUACAGAUUCAAAAAGUAUGCCUUUGGAUGACAACGUAAUGGAAAAGAUGAUAGAUUUACCAGAAUUGCUGCAUUUAGUGGGAAGAUUGAACGGGGAGAUCCCAUUGAGCAUAUCAAAUUGCAAUGCCCUUAAAUUCUUGGAUUUGGGGUUUAACAGUCUGAAUGGGAGUAUUCCAAUUGAGGUUGUGGGUUUGAAGAGGCUUUUGGUUUUUCGAUUGGGGAAUAAUUCGGUUGAUGGAACUGUUCCAGCAGGGUUUGGGAGCAUUGAAUUGCUUGAGGUUCUGGAUUUGCAUAAUCUCAAACUGGUUGGCAACAUUCCUGAAGAAAUCAGCAAUUGCAAGUUUCUUCUUCAGUUAUGGAAUUAUGACUGCUGAACUCCAAGAAAUGUUAUAUCGAGAACAACAAAUUGGGGUUUCUGGCUUCGCAGUAAAUGUGGAUCCAAAAGGAAAUAAUUUGACUACUGUUCAGAAGGUUAAUUUUGAUUUUGAUUUUGUUUUUGUGUCCAAUGCUUUUCCAUUUAGAGAACCUUACUUUUGAUUUUGAUUCUGAUUCUACCAAUUUCCUCUUUUGAAACAUUGACUUGGUUGGUUUUUUAUUUCAUCAUAUUUAUGUUCCAUGUGCUGCCAUUGUGAAGCUCAAGUAAUUUGGCUUGGACAUUGUAGUGUGCAGACUAUCAUCUCCCAUUUUAUAUGACUAAUUACCAUCCCCAAAAGCCUCCGAAGCAGCUGAUAAUUCCAACCCAACAAAACUAGAGCAAUUUUAGCAGGUUGUAUUCUUAGCAUGAAACACACUGUUGUAUACAAUGUUAAGAAUCUAUUACGGUACCUAACAAUAUAUAAGCUUUAAAAGUAGUUCCAAAUGCAUGCUUUUGGCUUGAAUGUCUAAAAUUAAGUUUUAAUGUCAUUCUAGGGAGUAAUUUUUCUUUUUUAAGUUUUAAUUUCAUUUUUUAUCCUCUAAAUUAUUAUCUUUUUU